AUGAGUAGAAGAAAAACUAAUACUAAAGAAGUUCAUAAUGAUAUAGAUGAUGAAAUCACAUCUAAAGAAUUGAUGUAUGCUGUAAUAAUAUAACUAAUAUUAUCAGCCUGUUAUUUAGAUUUAUAAAGAUUAUCAAAAUAUGACAGAAAUGUAAAUUGAUUCUAUAUCUGGAAUAAUGUAAAAUAUAGAAAUAUUUAAAACAUGGUGUCCAGAAACAAGCACAUUAUUUGAAUUUACAAGGUUAAUAUCAUAAAAUUUGUAAUAUGAGAAAUAUCAAAAAUAUAAUGCUGUAUUUAAUUUAGGUAUCUCAUAAACCUAUAUUAGGUGAUCAAGGAGACAAAUUCUAUAUUAUUCUAACAGGAACAGCUGCAGUAUAUAUUAAAAGAUAAUAAUAAUAAAUUGAAACUGAAGAAUAAGAGAUCUUACCUAAAAUUUAAUAGUAUUUAGAUAAAAUGCAACUUAAUUCCAUUUAAGAAAUUGAACUAGAAUCAAGAUACUCUUUUUAUGAAAAAUUAAUUAAAAAAUAAACUAAACCACUUAAACAAAUUGAAUCUGAAUUAUUAUUAUUAAAUACAGGUAAUUUUGAUAUGUAUUUUACAAUAUAUGGAAUUUGUAAAUUCUAAUAAAUCUCUUAACUUCAUUCUGGUUAAUACUUUGGUGAUAUGGCAUUAACUACUGAUAAACCUAGAGCUGCUAGUAUAAUAACUAUUACUGAUAUUUAAGUAUUAACAUUAAAUAAAUCUAAUUUUAAAGUAAAUUGUAUAAUAUUAUUUAAUUAGAAAAUAUUUGAAAAAUAAAUCAAAUCAUAAUAAGAGAAAAUUGAAUAUUUUCUUAAAAUGUUUCCUUCUAUGACUAAAUUUAAAAUUAGUAAAUUGAUAAUGUAUUUUUCAUAAUACAAAUAUCCACCAAAUUAUAAAAUUUGGAAAUAAAAUGAUUUUGUAGAUGGAUUCUUCUUACUUAAAGAAGGAGAAAUUCUAUUAUAAAAAACUAUUGAUUUUCAUCCUUAUCUAAAACAAGAAUAAAAUCAAUUAAUUAUUGAACCUAAAAAAGAAAAGACUUCUUAAAUAGAUAUUGUUACUGUAAUAUUUCUAAUUUUUAUAUUUUAGUUAGCUAAUUUAACUGAUGGAUGUUUUAUUGGAGAAACUGAGAUAUAUCUUUAAAAUGAUAAAAGAGAUUAUACGGUUAAAACAGUUACUUAAUGUAAUGUAUAUGUUUUAAACCUUGAUAAUUAUUUGAUAAUUAAAAGAUAAUUUCCUGAAUUCAUUAACCCUCUUUCAUUACUUUCUUAGAAAAAUCUAAAUUUAUAUAAAAAAAGAUUAAAUGAAAUUAUUUAAACUAAAGUUUUAAAUCUUAAUUUUAAUAAGAAAGAAGACAAUAAUGUUAUUGAAAGAAGAUAUUUAAAUGACAUUGAAAUUAAUUAAUAACCAAAAUUAAUUAAAUCAUCUAAAAUAUCAUCUCCUAUAUUAAGAUCUUCAAUUCAUCCAAAAAUGACUAAACAAUAAAUGGUUGAAUAAAAUCAAUCAAUUGCAUUAUAACAUUCUAAAAAUGAUAAGAUUUCUAAUAAAUAAGAAGAAUUUAAUAUGUUAAAAAUGGCUGGUGAUAAUUUCUAAAAAUGCUUAUUAAUUAGAGUUGAAAAAUAAUUUGAAUAAUUUUAACCUAAAAAACCUAAGUAUAUAUAAUUUAUAUUAAAAUUAGAGGAAAGACUCCUUUUUUUAGUAAAUAUUAAAAAGAUAGUAAAGAUUUACUAGAUUAAAUUAAACGUACUUUUAUACCUAAAGAAACAAAUAAUUAAUAUGAAGAAACAGAUUAAAAUAGUUUACCAUUUCUUACUAUGAGUAAAAGAUAAUUGCGUGUUAUAAGUCCUUAAAUUUAAUAGAAAAUGGAAAUAUUAAAAUAAUGUUUAAGUACUCCUAUGACUUCUCAUUCUAAAUCAGUUUCUUAGAGUGUGGAUUAAUUCUAUAAAAUUAAAGCAUAAUAAGGAUUUGUAUUAUGUGAUUCUCUUCAUCCUAUAUCAGAUCAUGGUAAUACUUAAUCAAGAUUUGAUAAAUUGUUUACUAAUGUUAAGAUUACUUCAAGAAAUAAUAAAAUAAUUAAAUAAUGUUGGAAUUCAUAAAAAUUAUCAUUAGAUGUUAUUGAUACAAACUUUUUUAGUUCUUAACCUACAGUACAAUACAUAUGA